AUGACAACAGGCACAUCCAAACCAAAAGUUCUUCUUGUAGGGGAGUUUAUUUAUUCGAAACAGAAAUGGUCUGAAUUAGAAGGAAUUGCAAAAGUAGUUCAAUGUGAAUCAACCACUCGUGAACAAUUCAUUCAAGAUUUGCAAACAAAAUAUAACGACAUCACCUCCAUUGCACGUACAUUUUAUUCUGUCAAUGAAACCGGACGCUUUGAUGCAGAUUUGGCACAGCAUAUGCCAAAAACCUUAAAGUCAAUUAGUCACUGUGGUGCUGGUUACGAUCAAGUUGACGUUGAACCAUUUACCAGAUUGCGGGUUCAGGUAUCGAAUGUGACUGAGCCGGUUGAAAGACCAACUGCUGAUGUGGCUGUAUUUUUAGUAUUAGCCUGUAUGAGGAAUUUUCUACAAGGUCGUCAGAUUUUGAUGAAUGGUGAGUGGCCUUUAAAUGGAGACCAGGAGGCUGGAGGCGCUCCUCUUGGACAUACGCCUCAAGGGAAAGUGGUUGGUAUUUUGGGUAUGGGUGGCAUAGGUAGAGCUAUUAGAGAUAGAUUGAAACCCUUUGGGUUUGAUAGAAUUGUUUAUUAUAACAGAAAACAGUUGAGUCCUGAAUUAGAAAAAGGAGCUGAGUAUGUUACUAUGGAUGAAUUGUUCAAGCAAUCCGAUGUAAUAAUUAUUGGGGUCCCGUUAAAUGCUAAAACAAGACACUUGAUCAACAAGGAUGCCAUUCAAAAGAUGAAGGAUGGCGUGGUUUUGGUAAAUAUAGCAAGAGGAGCAAUUAUAGAUGAAAAACAGCUUCCAGGCUUGAUCAAAUCUGGUAAGAUUGGAGCUUUUGGUGCCGAUGUAUUUGAACAUGAACCAGAAGUUUCGUCCGAACUAGUUAAUUUACCCAAUGUUAUUGCUCUACCCCAUAUGGGCACACACUCUGUUGAGGCACUUACGAAUAUGGAAGAAUGGGUAGUUUCUAAUGUGGAAACGUUCAUCAAAACUGGGAAAUUAAAAACAAUCGUACCAGAGCAACAAGGUAUAUUUUGA